CAAACAAUCAAUCAAUCAAUCAAUCAAACAAACAAAUAGAAAUAAAGAAAAAUUAGAUUUUGAGUAAUACAAACAUCAGAAUUUGACUUUCAAGAGUAUCUAGCCAGCUUGCUUUCAGGACAGCAGAUAGGCAGUGAGGAGAGUUUGCCUUAACUGUCAAACUGCAAUCUGGAAUAUAAGAUCAUAAUAUAGUAUUCAGAACAAAGGGGCUACUGCUCUAUCUUUUCAGCUGAUUGACUACUUCUGAGAGCCACAUUUUAAAGGUGAAAUAAAAAGUAAUUUCCAUAGAUAAUAUUCUGAUAAUUGGUAUAUAAUUAUAAGUACAUACAGAGUAGAGUUAGAGUGUAGAUUCAGAAAGAAUGGUUCAAGACAUUUUAGGAGAUAUAUCAUAUAGAAAAACCAGUUACUUGGAGAACUGUUUUCCUUUCUUUAAGAAAUCUCUCAGUGACUUGUUACUGGUAAUACGUAACAAACAAAAAGAAAGGAUAGGAGAUGGCAUUAUUAAUUGAGGGUCUUUAGCCUUUACUUUAUGUGUCUGAGACUUAGUUAAAUGUCCGAGAAACAAAGCCUUAUGAUACAGAUCUCUACUGUCAGAAUUCUGUUAGACUUGAUUUGUGUACUUGGUUAAGCUAUUUUGUAGGGUUAAAUUUUACUUAAUGUGAUGGUGAUGUUCUAUUUGUUAAUUUAAUAAUGCCUGAAAUGCUUCCAGGGAACAAUCCAAGGUACUGGGGAAAUUUUGCUUAAAGUACAGUACGUUUUCUUGACAAGCUGUUUGGUGGAUAACAGGUUUACUGGUUUCUUGUUUGGUUUGAAGACAUCUAAUAAGAGCUUGUGUAAGGUGGCUAGCAGUCUUUUGGAUUAUGCCUGAAAGCCAAGUUAAGGUGGAUGGGUUUGUAUUAAUAAUCUGGGCAGCAAAGCCCAAGCAGAAAUCAAGAUUGUUUUGUUUUUCAUGUUGUUAUAUUUCCAAUUAAAAACCUUGAAAAUAUUUGGAUCAAGAGAAACUGUGGAGAACGUCAUAAAGGUUUUUGCUGAAGAGAAAAUUUGUCAAUUCAGGAUUUGAUGUUUGUUUAAUUAUGCUAUCACAGAGGCAAGUAUAAGAGUGCCUCAGUGGUUAAGAGCACUGGCUGCUCUUCCAGAGGAUCUGGGUUCCACUGGCAGCAUUCACACAGCAGCUGGAAAUUAUCUGUAAUUCAAGUCUCAGGGGAUCCGAUGCCCUCUUCUGGCCUCUGUAGGCACCAGACACGCAUGUGAUGUGCAGACAUACACACAGACAAAACACCCAUUCAUAUGAAAUAAGAAAUUUAAAAAUUUAAAGAGGCAUGUAUAUUUGGCUUUUAUUAUUGGGUUAUUUUUUAUUUUAAUCAUUGCUUCUCCAUAAAUUCUUGUUUAUUUGGACAAGAAUAUAAUGCUAUGCUGAGAGUUUGGGAGCCAUAUGGUGGGGGUAGAUAUCAUGUAAAUGCAAUCUACUUAUUCAUGACAUAAAUGAGAUCCUAUGAAAGUGGAUGUUAAUGAUAGUCUAAAUGGGGAGAUAGGAAAAGGAAAAACUAAAAAUGUGAUGUUCAUUAUGGAGAUUUUUUUCCAAGCUGAUUCUCUUUAUGAGGUUUUCCUUUUCCUCACAUCUUCCUCUACACCCCACACACUGUCUUUCCAGACACAGCUCAAAAUUCCUACACCUGGUAUAAUUGCAGGCUUGACUUCAGGUCUAAAACUAAAGAGGGCUUCCCAAAGAUGAGUACAACUUUUCAGCUGUAUUUAUUCUGCUGCGAAUAAAUGGAAAAAUGGAGAGAAUAGUCAUUUAUCCCACAGCAGGCCGCCUAGCUAGGCGAGGCUAAACUAAGAGGAAAAAGUGCAAAUCCUACUCCCUGGCAGAGAAACAAUUCACUUUGCUUUGGAAAUUUGGUGAGGAGCGAAUUCAGUUUUAGGGGCUGUUUCACAUCCUACUAAGGUCUGUGAAUGGUGUCCACACUGGUGCUUCCUUGUAGGCCGAUGUGCUUCUUGCUUUAUUUUUGUCUCAGUUUUGGCAAACUUUUCCUUGAUUGGUAAAGACAAGCUAGUAAGGACUCAUUUACCGUUUUCAUUGCCUUGUGUUACUUCCUAUUAUUUCUAGUUCCCUGGUGAGACAGGGAAUCUGCCUGGGAUGCUCAGGGGAAUAAUUGGUAGUCAGUGGAACACUGGAGCUGGUAAUUCCACUUUGGGUCUUCAGAAGAGGAUGCCAAACUUGUCCAUUUAAAUAGGUAAACUGAAAACAGAAAAAUUCACAGUACUAAAACGUCAAGAGAAAUGUGUGAUUAACUUACACAGUCAUCCACAUUCAAAAAUCAUCACUCUCGGGCAACUCUCUGGUCAGAAAAUACAAUAGCGUGUGAACUUCUGGUUUUUUGAUCCUGUUCAGCUUUUGCUUUUCAAAUUUUAACCCAUAGGGGCUUUGAACAACUAUAUUAAAUGAAAGAUUUUGAGUGAGCAAUUUAAUGCUUAAUAUUUAGUUAAAUCAUUCUUUUCAGCUCGCCCGUCAGGGAAAAAGGCUGACUGCAGGGUGCUAGGUAGAACGUGGACCUGUUUUUUGAAGCCUAAACAGAGAUGCUUCCCGUAAAACCUAUUGCUGUUCUCCUUGUGGAAGAGCAGAUUGAAUGUAAAGCUGCUUCCCUUUGCUGCUUUCAAAUGUCUACAGGGAGUGCAUUUAGGGUCCUGGGCACACUGUGCUGAAGAAUGUCAGUAAGUGCUUUCUUUUCCUCCACACAGUCACAGGUCCUCUUUGGGGACAGUUGACAAGCCCGUUUUUGAUUCUCGGUUUUGACUGGUCGAUGACAUCCUAUUCCAUACUCCAGAGAGUCUAGGGCGGCUUGAAAAGAAGGGCUGGUAGUUACUCUUCAGGGAAAAGAAUCGGCGGGUUCGCUGAAGAAAAAAAAAAAAAAUCGGAGCGCAGAAUCUUGCUCCGGUUGGCUCCGCUGCCUCCAAAAGCCUGGGUCCAGAGGAAGUUUGAAAUGGACACCAGUCACCAGAGACCCCGCCUUGUGGCCCCGUAUCGAACCAGCUGUGGCUGGCCAAGAGCUCGACAGCCACAGGGAGUAGACCUAGAAAACGUCACAGGCAGGAGGCGUGUCAGUUCAGCAUCUUACCGGUCCAGCACCAAAUAAGCCGCCUGAGUCAGGCGCUAGACCCUAGCCCCAGGCGAGCGCGGACCGAGCGUCCCCACCCGGGCAGUUUACCUCUGCACCCCUAGGCGGCGCUGCGCUCCUCCGCACCCGGCGCACCCUGCAGCCCAGCCCCGCGCAACGCCGGUGGCCAGGGCACUUCAAGCUUGCAGUACUAGCGGGCGGAGCAACUCAAGCUUUUCGAGGCUCCUUCUCUUUGGGAGUUCGGAGCAUGGUCCCAGGUCGCCGCAGCUGGAGCUUGGACGCCGAAAGGGAGGAUGGUGGGUUGGGGUAUGGCAGUUCUGUGUUGGUGGGUCUCUUGUGGUGCUGCUACGGCGGGACAGCUGGAGUACUCAGUGUUGGAGGAGACGGAACCCGGAGUCGCGGUAGGCAAUAUCGCCUCAGACUUGAAGCUGUCAGCAGCUUCUCUGUCCUUGCGGAACUUUCGCUUCCUUUCCAGCUACAGCGAGCCUUACUUCGGGGUGGAUCUGGGCAGCGGUAGCUUGGUGGUUCGAGAGCCAGCGGACCGUGAGCGGCUGUGCGGGGCCAAAGCUGCUUGCAUCUUGACAUACGAGCUAAUGUUCGAUGACCCUCUGGAGCUGCAUAAGAUGCGUGUUCACCUCCUGGACACCAAUGACAACUCACCCCUCUUUCCUGCGGGAGACAUGCACCUGCACAUCCCGGAGUUCCUGGCACCAGGAGCUCGGUUCACUCUCCCGAAUGCCCAAGAUGCUGAUGAGGGAAGCAACGGGCUGAUAAGUUACAGCCUAAGCUCUAGCCAGCACUUUCGCCUGGACAUGGGGUCUCGGGCUGACGGCAGCAAAUACCCGGAGCUGGUGCUGGAGAAAGUGCUGGAUCGAGAGCAGCGGGACACCCACCUGCUGGUGCUCACUGCUCAGGAUGGUGGCCUGCCUGCACGCUCUGGAGAUGCUCAAGUCACCAUCACUGUGGUGGAUACCAACGACAAUGUGCCUGUAUUUGAGCACUCCGUAUACAGUACCAAGGUUCCAGAGACCGCACCCAAUGGGACUGUGUUAUUCCACGUUCAAGCCUCAGAUCCGGACGAAGGAUCCAAUGGGGACGUCUGGUACUCCUUAAGCAACAGCACACCAGCAGAGCUGAGGCACCUCUUUCACAUACAUCCUAAAAGUGGGGAGGUUCAGGUAGCUGCUUCGCUAGGUCCACCGGAAACGUUGUUGGAAGCAUAUGUUGAAGCAAGGGACAAAGGUGCUUUUAGUCUAGCUAGCACUACGAAACUGCUUGUAGAGGUGACUGAUGUGAAUGAUCAUGCCCCCCAGAUGGACUUCAUGACUUUCUCCAGCCCAGUGCCCGAGGAUGCAGCUCCUGGCACAGUAAUUGCUCUCCUUAGUGUAAAGGAUGAGGACCUCGGUUCCAAUGGUGAGGUCACGUGUAGCCUGUCCAGCAAAGGCCCCUUUCGGUUGAAGGCUUCCUUUGACAGCUACUACAGAUUGCUGACUGAUGGGCCCCUGGAUCGGGAGCAAGCAAGUGAAUACCACGUCCUAAUCACUGCUUCAGAUGGUGGCUCGCCCCCGCUGAGCACCCGAAGGACGCUCACGGUGUCAGUUGCCGAUGUGAACGACAACACACCAAGCUUUCCUCAGUCACAACAGGAACUUUUUGUGACUGAAAACAAUAGCCCUGGAGUUUCAUUAGGCCGUGUGUUUGCUCAGGACCCAGACCUGGGGGAGAAUGGCCUUGUCUUUUAUGAGCUGUUGGAUGUCAUUUCUGAAGGGAUGCCACUUUCCUCAAGCUUGGUGGCAGUGGAACCAACUAGCGGUGUUAUCACUGCCAGAACUUCCUUUGACUUCGAAAAGCUCAGGGGGCUUCACUUCCAAGUGGAAGGCCGAGAUGGUGGCAUUCCUCCCAGAAGUGCAACGGUGACCGUGAACUUGUUUGUGGUAGACAGGAAUGACAAUGCACCAGCCAUCUUGUUUCCCUUGCCUACAAAUGGCUCUAUCCCAGUGGAAAGGGUGCCCCGCUCUGCCCGAGCUGGACACCUGGUCACGAAAGUGGUAGCGGAGGAUGCAGACAGUGGUUCCAAUGCCUGGCUCUCCUACCACAUUUCUCAGGCUUCUGACCCUAGUCUUUUCAGAAUUUCGGUCAAUGCAGGAGAGCUUCGGACUGCACGUUUAGUUUUUCCCACCGAUGCAGUCAAACAGAGGGUGGUGGUAGUGGUUCAGGACCACGGAGAGCCACCACUUUCCUCCUCUGUCACUCUGGGUGUGCUAUUGAGCAACUCUGUUCCUCAGGUCUUUCCAGACUUUGAAGAUAUCUGGGAACCAAGAGUCCAGUUUUCUGCCCGGAACUUGUAUUUGGUGAUAGCCCUGGUCUGCAUUUCCUUUCUAUUUCUGGGGUGCUUGCUUUUCUUCAUAUGUAUCAAGUUGAGCCAGAGCCCAGAUUGUUGCUCUCAGAACUGCUGUCAUUCUCCAGAAAAUACAAGACGCGAGAGGACAAUGGCUUCUAGUCCUUGGGUGACAUCAGCCACAAUAGAUGUCACUACAAUUGAGAGACUUUCUCAGACAUAUCUCUAUCAAACCUCUCUGGGACUUGGUUCUGGUAGCAACAGCUUGCUCUUGCAUGGGAAAUACAAUGCUGCUGAUCUGAGAAAUCUGGCCACUGGUGUAGGACUGAAUUUGCCAAUAUCCUGUGCUCAGAUUCGGAAUAGGAAAGAUCAUACAAAUCUCAAUGUCAUGCCCCGACAGCCCAACCCUGACUGGCGUUACUCUGCCUCGCUAAGAGCAGGCAUGCACAGCUCUGUGCACCUGGAAGAGGCUGGCAUCCUACGGGCUGGUCCAGGAGGGCCUGAUCAGCAGUGGCCAACAGUAUCCAGUGCAACACCAGAACCUGAGGCAGGAGAGGUGUCCCCUCCAGUGGGUGCUGGGGUCAACAGCAACAGCUGGACCUUUAAAUACGGACCAGGCAACCCCAAACAGUCCGGUCCCGGUGAGUUGCCAGACAAAUUCAUUAUCCCAGGAUCUCCUGCAAUCAUCUCCAUCCGGCAGGAGUCUGCUAACAACCAAAUUGACAAAAGCGACUUUAUAACCUUCGGCAAAAAGGAGGAGACCAAGAAAAAGAAGAAAAAGAAGAAGGGUAACAAGACCCAGGAGAAAAAAGAGAAAGGGAACAGUACCACCGACAACAGUGACCAGUGAGGCCACCUAACGGAAACAAGCCACUUAGCCAAUUUUUGUAAUAAUGGCAAAUCUCUCCCAUGUAGCAACUCCCUGCUCCUUUCUCCUAUGACAUGAGCCCUCUUAGAGACCUCAGAAAUCUGCAGAAAGUUCCCUGUGUCUGUCUUGAUCACAUUUAACAGGUUUUGUCUUUAAAAAAAAAAAAAAAGCUUUCCUAAGUCUGGUGUUAACUCUUUCUCUCCGCUCUGGCUUGUUUUCAGAACCUAAAAAGCAGACCCAAGUUUCCUUUCUCCUCCGCCGCAAAGGAGAGCCUUCCCAGCCCCGCCAGUGAGAGUUGGACUCUCUGCCCUGUGCUUCAGGCAUCUUGAUGACAUUUGCAGGGCAGGCUGAAAGGUAUUCAGGUUGAGCAGCUUGGGUGUUUGCGGUCACUGGGUAUGUGUAGCUACCAUGAGUGUUCAAGAGCCUGAUAUUGGUUGGGGUGGUCCAGGUUAGACUAGUUGAUUCACGAAGGGCUGGGAAACAAAGAUACAGAGACAUUGGGAGGGGGAAAUGUGAAACUGAAAGGGACCAGACUUUCUCAAUUUCUUAACUUGAGGUGUGGUGGUCAUCUUCUAGCUGGCAAAACCACCCCCACUGACGAAGCUUUAGGGGUCCCUCAAGUCUGUUGGCUGUAGUACCACUAUACUGGAAACCUGCUUUGUGCACACAAGCCAGAAGUUCAAGUGUCUGACAGAGAGAGUCAGCCAGGGCAACAGAAGCAGAUCUGAUGUGUUUCCUAUACAUGUCCUUGUGCUCACGCUAUUAAAAAUUCUUUUGCACACAAUGUUUAUGAAAAGGACACAUCCUUUUCCAACAACACAUAUGCAAAAGCAAAAGAAAAAAAACCCAACACCUCACUUUAUGCUGUUUGUUGUUUGAUAGAUUUAUUAAAAAAGAGAAAGUCUAUAGCUAUAAAUCUUUAAAGAAAUAUGAAUACAAUUCCCCCAACUCCCCUCAAAAGAGAAUCCAGUCUACAGCCAUUUAAAAUGACCAUUGCUGCUACAGAAGUGCUUUAAGAGAAUUGCCUGGAACAUCUGUAUUAUACUAUACCGGCCACCUGCCAAUCACAGCUUUACUCUUUCAGGUCACUCUGGGGCUGCCUCUUGCAUGUAUUAAUUACUAAAUAAAAGGACCUUUCUCUUUCUCUUUUCUAAGAAAAAAAUGAUGUGCACUUUGAUUACACAACCUUCUCUAACCCACUAUAUCAAGACCCAGAAACUGAAGAAAAAUAUCGUUUUCUCAUACAUACAGUGAGCAGAUUUUUCAUUCCUCUGAUCCUGUGAUUGUCUUGGUGUGCUAGCCUACACCUUCGCCUUGUUUAGUUUUCCUUUUCUAUAACACUCUGAAUUGCUAACCUUACUAACACCUAUGAUGUUACCUGAAUCAAUCUCCCAUAUGUAUGCUGUAUGCUAUUAUAAGACUCCUGAGAUAUACUUACUCUGUGCUUGUGUAUGUGAAUGUUAAUGCAACUAUUACCUAGAGUGAACUUUAAGCUUUAUUGUUGAAUGUAAGCCCAUUAUAUUUCCUUUUGUACACCUGUGGAAAAGUGAAAUAGUGUUUUUUUUAAACCAUUGUUAAUCAGCUUUUGUGUAUGAAAGACACAGUAAAAUUUCUUUCUUAAAUCAAGAUGCUGGUGAUUCAAGGAAUUUUAUUUAUGGUCAGCCAAGGGCUGUCUCUUGCCAAGAUUCCUGCUGGCAAGGGAAUGGAUAAAGCUGCUUUUUUUCUAGUAACAGUUCUGGAAUGAAUACCGAAGAAAGUCCCUGAGGGUAUGCAAGCACAAAAUUGUACCAAUCUGACCUCUUUGAAUUUGCAGAUUGCUUUGAAAUGCUAUCCGGAAUAUCAGCUCAUAGAAAGUAAUAAAAUUUACUGUUACCAUAAAUAAGACAUUUUAAGUUUGUUGUGUACAACUUAGAAGUUUGAUUAAUUAUAUUAUCUAUUUAAAAGUUAAUAUAAAAGAGGUAGGAGUCUGUUUUAAAAGGCAUAAAAUCUAAAAAAAAAAAACUGUCUUGUCUUUUAGCUUCAUUCUCCCAUAUUUUGAAGGGUGUGUAACUUCAGCUCUGCAGGAUUGCAUGGGGUAAAACUUGUUGACAACACAUGUGAACCAUUGCUACAUUGUAGGUUGUGAUCAUUUUGCCCCACUGAAGCCCAUGUAACUGACCUUACGUGCCUUUUGAACUAGGAGAAUCGGGCUAAUUUAUUAAUGAUGAUAACUAUAAUGUAUAUGUACAGCACUUUUUAAAUUUAUGAAGUGCUUUCCAAUUCGUGUUAGUUACUAGUUAUUACAGCUGUAAGGAUAAAACACGUCAUGUGGAUUCAUUUUUAAUUGGUGCUAUUGGUAUUUCCUCUGUUAUUGCUAAUAAAUGGAAACGGUGGUGUGAAA